AUGGACAAGAUAUCUUCACUGGUGAAAAGGGGCGAAGGAAGACCUCGUUUUGAAUGCAGUAGUUGCUACGGCAGAACCGUCAAGCCCGCCCCCAAUUACGUUUAUCAUGUGACACAGUUCAAGAACAUGUGGAGCGCAUCCCACGAUCCCAAUCGCGGCGCGGCGACGUACAUAAUGGCAUUUAAUACAGCUGUGGCCGCGCAGACAUUCCGCAUA